AAAUUAUAUUCACAACUAACACCAUACGGAAAUAAAAACAAUUAUCGUCUUUUCCUAUUACUUUGAGAAUGAACAUUAAAGUUCACACUGGCAUUUAGUGAACGCAUGGAUCAAAGUCAUACCGAAUUCAAGGAAAACAGCAUAUCAAUCUCAAAUUGUCGUAAAAUAUAAUUUUAUUACUUACGUAUUUAAUUAGACGACGAUGAUAUGUGGUGGAUUUUGAGUCGAGGCAAGAGCAACAGCUUAGAUAAUUCACUUAUCUUUGGCAAUAGUCAUUAACCCCCAACACUAGCAGAAUAGAUUGCUCUGUAAAACACAUCUCUCUUCUCCUUUCUCCGUCCAUCCAUCCCUCCCUCCAGCGCACAGGGUCCCCAGAUAACCAGCAUCGGACUUCCAUUUUCGCCCAUUAAUUCAAAUAUUAACAUACAUUCACACCCUGCCAAUAUCCCAAACAUGAGCAUCUCAGAAAAUGAAAGAAAAUACGACGCGUAUUGUACAGAUAAAUUAUUAUAUGUUUAUUGCAAAAGACAUCCUACUUCUAGCGCAUAGAAGGAGAGGGUGGACGCAAUGCUUCCCCCGAGUCCUUUCACAGUUUCAGAUGUAAUUCUGCAAUAAUUUACUAAAUUAACGCGUUUUCCAAGCUCGUACGCACGAAGGCUAGGAGUUUGACAUCGUUUCGGAUCGCUUCACGCACGCAAACCGGCUUUUAAAUUCUGGAAGUUCAUGUUCCCAUAAUUUAAGACAGACAUUACGCCAUUAUGCAGAUGUUAAGGGUGUUUAUCAUAAAGAGCAUCUACUCCUAAAAGCUAGUGAUCGUUCUUAAACAAGGGUAAGAUAUUGGAAUAGCCUAUAAACCGCAAGAUAAAACGGUGAAAAGUGAUCGAUAGAUUUUGCUUUCCAAGCCACGCGUUACCAUUUAGGCACCCAGCAUAUUUAGCACUUUGCAUGAUAAUGCAUGACGCGGAUGGUAUAGAAAGAUUUUUUAUUACGGAGACCGAAACGCAUACCACUAAUAAUUGCAACUGCCCCUCCUCUGGGCCGAGCGGAGGGUGGUCAGUCUUUUCCCCUUAUCUCUCUCUCUUUUCCCCGUUCUGCACUCUAUAAACUUGCAUCAAGAUUAAUCUGAACAUCCCAGAAGCAGUAAGUGCAUCAUUGUCAGCAUUUAAAAUGAUAUAGGCCAGUUCUCGUGCAGUGCUCAGUAUUUUGGGGGGCUUUCGUUAUCUUUAUAUUUGUUGCUUUCUGGUAAUCUGACGUGCUGUUCGUGUGAAGGGGAGAAAUCACAGCGAAGCCGCUGGAACAGCAGCAGUGACUCUAGUCUAGUGUAUGUACUCACGGUGCAAGCUUAAAGCCCAGCGACAGGAAGCGUCAAUCCUUUCCAUAUUUGGUCAAAGGCACGCCCACAUGCGCGUCAUCCUCUGACAGCGUGGAUCCCGUGGGUCUGGAGUUUUUGGCUCCCGGGAAAGGUUCCAGUCCUGGGGGAUAGAGGGUUGAGUUUUGUAUGCUUCCAUCCAUUCUGCAAAGACGCGCUAAAGGCCCCUCAUCAUCCUCUCCCGUGUCCGGGAACACCUCCACGGUGAUCAUUUACGCGUUUAUUUGUCUUUUGGAGCCAGAAGUGGUGGAUUCAGCAGUGUCCCGAAGCCUUUUUUUGAUGCCGUUGUAAUAGGAUGACAGCAAGCUAAGCGCAUCACCUUCAACACAAAGUUACAAGAAAUGUUUAACUGAAUUAAAACAAGAAAGAGCAACAAUAUCCGCUAUAUUUGAGCGACUUGUUCGUUUGCGUCUUCCACGGGAGGAUCUCCAUUCGUCCAAACAAGCUGUUGGAAAGGAUUGAGAAUCUUUACGCACUGAAUCGUUCAUGUGGUGCCAACGCAGGACGGACUGAAUAAGGAACCGGGACUGAGAACUGGGUGUAUUUUUUUCUUCCUCCUCUUUUCAACAAAUCACAAACAAACUCUUAUUGAUAUCCGAAGGGUCUCUUGGAGAAACGACGCGCCCCUGCUCACAAUCUCAUUUCAUCUCCUUGGCUGGAAGUGGGUUGCACGCGAACUGUUUUAAUGUUUGGGAUUCAGGAAAAUAUACCAAGAGGGGGGACCACUAUGAAAGAGGAACCGCUGGGCAGUGGCAUGAAUUCGGUCCGAUCGUGGUUGCACACGGCUGGGGUGGUGGAUGCGAACACGGCCGCCCAGAGUGGAGUUGGUCUGGCACGGGCGCACUAUGAGAAACAACCGCCAUCCAACCUCAGAAAAUCCAAUUUUUUCCACUUCGUCCUGGCGCUUUAUGACAGACAGGGACAACCGGUGGAGAUCGAAAGGACAGCUUUUGUGGACUUUGUGGAAAAGGAUAAAGAACCUAACAGUGAAAAAACUAACAAUGGGAUACAUUACAAACUCCAACUAUUGUACAGCAAUGGCGUCAGAACAGAACAGGAUCUUUACGUUCGGUUAAUCGAUUCCAUGACAAAACAGGCAAUUAUUUAUGAAGGACAGGACAAAAACCCAGAAAUGUGCCGAGUUCUUCUCACACACGAAAUUAUGUGCAGUCGGUGUUGUGACAAAAAAAGCUGUGGAAACCGAAACGAAACCCCCUCAGAUCCCGUGAUCAUCGACAGAUUCUUCUUGAAAUUCUUCCUAAAGUGUAAUCAGAACUGUCUCAAGAAUGCAGGAAACCCACGGGACAUGCGUAGAUUCCAGGUCGUUGUAUCGACAACGGUUAAUGUGGACGGUCACGUGUUGGCCGUGUCGGACAACAUGUUCGUCCACAACAACUCAAAACACGGCCGAAGAGCCCGCCGUCUAGACCCAUCAGAAGGUACGGCCACUCCUUAUCUGCAGAAUGCAGCUACCCCGUGCAUAAAGGCCAUCAGCCCAAGCGAAGGCUGGACCACAGGAGGAGCCACUGUCAUCAUCAUCGGCGACAACUUCUUCGAUGGACUGCAGGUCGUGUUCGGCACCAUGCUGGUGUGGAGCGAGCUUAUAACGCCUCAUGCCAUCCGAGUCCAGACCCCUCCAAGACACAUCCCGGGCGUCGUAGAGGUUACCCUGUCCUACAAGUCAAAGCAGUUCUGCAAAGGGGCGCCGGGCCGAUUUGUGUAUACAGCUUUGAACGAACCGACCAUCGACUACGGCUUCCAGAGACUGCAGAAGGUCAUUCCUAGACAUCCAGGUGAUCCGGAGAGGUUGCCCAAGGAGGUGUUGCUAAAGCGUGCAGCUGACCUUGUGGAAGCUCUGUAUGGGAUGCCACACAACAACCAGGAGAUCAUUCUGAAGAGGGCCGCAGAUAUCGCAGAGGCCCUGUACAGCGUCCCACGUAACCACAACCAGAUCCCGUCCCUCGGCAACACGGCCUCGCACGGCGGCAUGAUGGGAGUCAACUCUUUCAGCAGUCAGCUCGCCGUCAACGUCUCGGAGACCUCGCAAGGUAUUGACCAGAUGGGCUACAGUCGCAACACAAGCAGCGUGUCACCUCGUGGAUACGUGCCAAGCAGCACCCCUCAGCAGUCCAACUACAACACCGUCAGCAACAGCAUGAACGGCUACGGCAACGCUGGAAUGACCAACCUGGGGGUCCCAAGCUCACCCGGCUUUUUGAACGGCUCCUCUGCCAACUCUCCCUACGGCAGUAAGUAUCAAGUUCCGUCGAGCCCCACCAUGGCAGCCUCUUCCGUCAGCCUCUCUUCAAACUGUAGCAGUACACACGGCAUUUUCUCAUUCUCACCUGCCAAUGUCAUCUCUGCAGUGAAACAAAAAAGCGCCUUUGCUCCAGUUGUCAGGCCCCAAGCAUCUCCACCUCCUUCUUGCAACAGUGCAAAUGGCAAUGGACUUCAAGCUAUGUCCGGACUGGUGGUCCCGCCCAUGUAAAUCGCACUCCCUUCCUUUGUAAAGCGACGUGAGAUACAGGGACGGAUUCACCCGGAAGUCGCCAUUCGCCAUCAGCAGUCAUUCAGAAGGAAAAAGACACUUUUAUUCGGUCAUGAACUUCAUUUAUUGACUGAAUCAUAUUUUCACAUUCGUCAAUCUGGAAGGAAAAAAAGAAGAAAACGUACCUAUUUUGUAUAAACAUUUCUGGUUUUAUCUUGGCUAUGUCUAGUUCUUGCUAUGUGUGGGAUAUGCCAUUCAAUGAAACACUGAUUAAAACGUGUAAGAAUGUUUCUUUUUCACAGACAUGCAUCCUGGGCACGUCUUCAUAAUGUGAAUUCAUUUUCCAGUUUUUUUAUUGUUCUUUUUAUUUCGUUUUUUUGAUGGUGGUAAAAAGAAGGGGGCCAAUAUAUACAGAGCCAAUAAACUGGAAAUAAUAUAAGAGAUAUGAUUUAUAAACGGAAAGGAGGGGCGAGGAGAAAGCGUUCCAUGGACUUUGUAACUUAUUGUAGGUAGAAGUUGUAACAUUCUUCUCUCGCCUUGGACAAGCACACUAACAGAGAUGAAGCGCCACUGUCUGUCUGUUGGUUAAAAAAGACAAAAAAGAAAAAAAGACUGAAAUCUUUCCACUGCUAAAGCUUCUUGUAAAGCGAGUGUGACCUGCAAUGUUUUUCAACUUUUUGCUAGCACUGUAUACUAUUGCAUUCUUAGGCUACUGUGAAGUCUGUUUCUCGUACCAGAAAGUUGUCCUUUACCCUCUAGCUCCUUAUUCCCUAAUGUGUUUUGUAUGUGGUUAUACAAUUGUAGACUUUUGUGAUUUUGCCAAAGUUGUAGCUAAAUAUUUAUACACAUGUCUUGAAUUUUCCAGAUUCACUUAAAUAUUUAGUACAGAGUUUUAUUCCUGAUGUUGGGAGUAAAACGGUCUUAUACAUCGCAACACUUUCACGCGAACACUUGCGGUCACUGAGGGAAUUUUUUGUAACAUAUCAAUUAUAAAUAUUGUAUUUAUCUUUGAAAUUUUGUAUAUUGCUUUCCAUGGUUUGAUUUGAUCGAUCUCACGUGUAUCGUUGUUCACGGCCGAUGAUAUUACGAUGAAGGUUUAGCCAAGAAUCACCGCCUACGUUCGAUGUUUCGUAACGCUAUAUAUUGUACAUCGUCCGCGCGUUUCAUUUGUAAUUCAGACAGUUUGUCACGUCAUCGAAGGACCUUCCGUCCGUUUUGAUUUGUUUGUAUGUUUAUUUGCUAUUUCGAAGAGCAGUCAAAUCCAUUGUUUAUUUUUAUAUUAUUUUUUAAGUUAUCGAAAAAAGUACUUUUUUGAAAGAAAACUGUUUGUUGUAUAGUCAAUUAAAUUGUUUGUGUCACCUGACUGUAAUAAUAUUAGUAGAUAAAGUGCAUGUCCAGCCGCCCCGGGGGGGGGGAAUCCAAUUGUGGUUGUAAAUUUUGUUUUUGUAGAAUGUAAAAAGUCAUUUUUACCUGCCACCAUGACUUUGCCACAUAACUCGACCGUGUUUACAGGGAUCAAGAUGGAAAAAAGGAACAAAAAAAUUAUGCGGAAUGGAAAUAUACGUCAUGCGUUCAUAAUGUUUAUUAAAAUAUGUCAGAAAAACGACUCUGUCAAAGGCUUUGAGUGAUUCUCACGAGAGGAAACUUUCUGCUGUUUUAAUGACAAACCUUCACCACAAUGAAUCUCAUUAUUCCAUUCAGAUCAAUGGUGUAAAAAGCACAAACAUUUUUUACUAAAAUAAAAAAGAAUUAUUGUGACCCCUCAUCUUUUCGGACUAUUUUGUCUUUUUUAACGUUGAUUUUACCCGGUUCCCUCGAGUCAAACGUUCAAAGGGAAUGAAAACAAAUGAAAAGGUUUUUUUGUAUCCCACACGGAGAAGAUUAAGAUGUUCUAUAUUGUAAAUGUCAUUUUGUAAGUAAGCCAUGACACCGUAGCGUAGCUGAAAUCACAUCACCUCCUUUAAAGAAUAUUGAUUUUUAUAGCGUGCCAAAAUCAGCCAUUGAGACACGGUGAUUUCUUUCUUUGCCCUGCUGUAAAGUUCAGUAGCGUUCAGCUACUCUUUCUCAUUUAAACAUAAAGUACUUGUUUCCUUUGGCUGCGGGAUGCAAACGAAGCCGCUGAUGGGCCCAAAUGAUGAAUGUACAAUGUGUUUGCUUUGUGAUGGCUCAACAAAGCUCGGCCGAGUGAAGGAGCCGACAAAGUCACGGUGAAAGUAAGAAAAGCUCAAGGUCACGUGAAGUGCUUUUGCGAAUUUCAUCCUUUCUGCAGUCUGGUUUUGUGUUUAGGUCAUGUUACAUCAUGCGGUUUCUGUUGCCCUGGAUCGUUUCACUAAACAUGAGAUCGGCCUUGUAAGGGAAAUGUAUAGCUCAUGUACAAUUUUAGUUGGUUCUUUUAUGGCCACGUUUUUACAUUUUAUUGUACAAAGUUGUUCAUUUGACAUACUAUUUAAUUAAAGUAUUUCUUGUCUGUGA